GAGGCUGCUGGGAAGCGGGCGACUGUGCACCAAGCAGGUACCCUGGCGACGCUUGCAGGGCCUGCGGCGGGCAUGGCGGCCAGGUCUUGCUCUUCAGUCGGGGCUGGCACUGCGUUCCUUCUCUUGGUUCUCUGCGAAGUCUCGUGGGCCCAGAUCUUCUCCUUCCCUUUCCGGCGGCCAGAGACGUGCGGCCUCAACCAGUACUUUGACAUCUCCACGCUCUCCUGUGCCCCCUGUGGCGCCAACCAGAAGCGGGAUGCCUUAGGAACUUCAUGUGUAUGCCUGCCAGGAUAUCAUCUGAUCUCUAAUAAUGGAGGACCUGCCAUUAUUUGUAAAAAGUGUCCAGAAAACAUGAAAGGUGUUACCAAAGAUGGAUGGGACUGUAUUUCUUGCCCUAGUGGCUUAACUGCUGAAGGAAAAUGCCACUGUCCCACUGGUCAUAUAUUAGUGGAAAGAAAUGUUAGUGGGUCUCUGUUAUCCCAAGCAACAUGCGAGCUUUGUGAUGGAAAUGCAAACUCAUUUACAAAAGCCAAUAUCUUAGGAACCAGGUGUGUCCGCUGCGAACCAACGUUCGUGAAUACAAGCAGGUCCUGUGCAUGUUCGGAGCCUCACGUCUUAACAGGUGGGCUGUGUGUCAGCAGCACAGAGAAUUUCCGUCAACGUGUGAUCUCCACUGCACGCUACGGAGAACUCGGCCUGUCAUUAAACUCAGAAUGGUUUGCGAAGUAUUUGCAGGCAACAGCAGCUGCAUGCUGGGUUCACGCCAACCUGACAUCUUGCCAAGCUCUUGGAAAUAUGUGCGUGAUGAAUAUGAACUCUUACGACUCCACCACAUUUGAUGCGUGUUGGCUGUUCCACUAUAUCUUUGAAAGUACUGCUGGAUUGAUCAGUGUUCAUUCUAUUCCAUUCUGGAGACAGAACCUUCCUUGGCUGUUUUAUGGAGACCAGCCAGGAUUGGCACCUCAAGUUCUCAGUACGACCCCUCUUCCAACAAAUUUCAGUUUUAAAGGACAAAACCAGCUGAAGUUUGUUGCUGCUUCCUACGAUAUAAGAGGAAACUUUAUCAAAUGGCAAACUUUAGAAGGCGGCGUUUUACAGCUUUGUCCAGACACAGAGAGGAGACUGGAUGCCGCAUACUCUUUCGGAACGACGUACCUGCAAGAUUGUGAAAUCUCUCUUUCUAAAAUCCUGGCUGACUUUCCCAGUCCUGUAUUUUAUGAUGUUUACCUCGAAUAUACUGAUGAGGAUCAACACCAUUACCUUUGGGCUGUACCUGUGUUAAACCUAAAUCUUCAACACAAUAAAAUGUUUGUGAACCAAGACAGUAGCUCCAGCAAGUGGCUUCUCACUCGGCGUAUUUUCUUAGUGGAUGCCGUAAGUGGUCGAGAAAAUGACCUAGGAAAUCAGCCGAGAGUAAUUCGAGUUGCCACCCAGAUAUCACUAAGCAUACGCCUUGUACCCAACACAAAAAGUGGAAACAUAUAUACUCCCUUCCUGACCAUUGCCUACAAUGACAUUGACAUCAAAACUGUUAACAGCCAGUCUGUGAAGGUUUCUUUCUCAGUCAAAUAUGAGAUGAAUCAAGGAGAUGCAUUUGUUCAGACAGAUAUCGCGCUGGGUGUGCUGGGUGGGCUGGCUGUGUUAUCGUCUCUCCUGAAGACAGCGGGGUGGAAGAGGCGCAUUGGGAGCCCCAUGAUCGACUUACAGACAGUUAUGAAAUUCUUGGUGUACUACGCUGGUGAUCUGGCCAAUGUGUUUUUUAUCAUCACAGUGGGAACUGGUCUUUAUUGGCUUAUUUUCUUCAAAGCACAGAAAUCUGUCUCCGUUUUGCUGCCGAUGCCAGCUCAGGAAGAACGUUUUGUUACUUACGUGGGGUGUGCCUUUGCUAUGAAGGCUUUGCAGUUUUUGCAUAAGCUCAUAUCCCAGAUUACCAUAGAUAUAUUCUUCAUUGAUUGGGAACGACCGAAAGGAAAAGUCCUCAAAGCUGUUGAAGGUGAGGGCGGUGUGCGCAGUGCCACUGUUCCCGUGAGCAUAUGGAGAACAUACUUUGUAGCAAAUGAAUGGAAUGAGAUUCAGACCGUGAGAAAAAUUAAUCCGCUCUUUCAAGUGCUCACCACGCUCUUCUUCUUGGAGGUUGUGGGAUUCAAAAACUUAGCAUUAAUGGAUCCAUCCUCUAGCCUUUCUAGAGACCCGUCAGACUACAUAGCUCCUUACAGCCGCAUUUUGAGAUAUGCCGUGGCUACUGCUAUCUGGCUGGUGAUUGGAAUAAUACAGGUUGUUUUCUUUGCCGCCUUUUACGAGAGAUUCAUAGAAGACAAGAUCCGGCAGUUUGUUGAUCUGUGUUCCAUGAGCAACGUGUCAGUGUUUCUGCUGUCCCACAGAUGCUUCGGAUACUACAUCCACGGCAGGUCGGUCCAUGGCCAUGCGGACACGAACAUGGAGGAAAUGAACAUGAACCUUAAGCGAGAAGCGGAAAAUUUGUGCAGCCAAAGGGGUUUGGUACCCAACACGGAUGGUCAGACUUUUCAGAUUGCAGUUUCUAGUCAGAUGAGACAGCACUAUGACAGAAUUCACGAGACACUAACAAGGAGAAAUGGCCCUGCCAGACUACUGAGUUCAUCAGCAAGCACUUUUGAACAAAGUAUAAAAGCAUACCACGCAAUGAAUAAGUUCCUUGGCUCUUUCAUUGAUCAUGUUCAUAAGGAAAUGGAUUACUUUAUCAAAGACAAGUUGCUUCUUGAGAGAAUCCUUGGGAUGGAAUUCAUGGAGCCCAUGGAGAAGAGCAUCUUCUACAAUGAUGAAGCGCAUUCUUUCAGCAGUGUGCUGUACUAUGGAAACGAGGCCAUGCUCCUUAUCUUUGAUCUGUUGUUCUUCUGUGUUGUGGACUUGGCUUGCCAGAAUUUUGUUUUAGCAUCCUUCCUCACAUACCUGCAGCAAGAGAUUUUUCGAUUUAUCCGAAAUGCAGUCGGACAAAAGAAUUUGGCAACUAAGACACUAGUGGAUGAAAGAUUUCUGAUCUAACCUGAGAUACAGAGCUUAAGGACUCAGUAUAAUUGUGGUACAAGCUGUGAUGUCAAGUUAUAUUUUUUUUUAAAAAAACUUGUAAUACAUAUUAUUCUUUCAUUUUUUACCAACAGACUUAUUUUUGUAGCUUGUAAAAUAUGAUAUAUAGUAGAACAUAUUAUUUCCCCAUUAUGUGUUAUAUUUAUUUACUAAAUAAUACAUUUAUACUGACCAUGAGUUCAAAAAACAAAAAAAAGCCAAUGCUGCCUUCCAUAGACAGGUCUUGAUGUCUUAAUAGUACACUAAUCCCCGUCACUUGCCAUCGUCUCAGAAAAUGACCUGCCUACAUUUUCUGAGUUUUAAAUCUAUUUGUUACUUGGCUCAAAGCUAGUGUUCUGGUCAGUAUUUGUAUGUUUUAUCUAUAUUUAUGGUUAAAUAAACUCUAAAAGAUAUUUUCAUAUUUACUUAAAAUGUGGGUUUGUAUUAUUGCUGACUGAGUGGGCUUCUUUGUAAUAACUCACCCUGUGUGUAGUGGACAGGUCCCUGUUAGACACAGCAUGGAGAGGUACAAAUCCAGUCUGUUAUGUACCUGGUCUCUCCUGUCAUUUACGUUUGUUAAACUGGGUGAUAUUUUUUCCAAAAUAGGAUUUUCCACACAUUUUAAUAUUUUAACAGUACUCCUUCAAAGUGUUGCUGUUCAAUUAUGAGUAAAUAUUAGAAAUAACAGGCUAUAAACACAUCAUCUUACGUUGACCAAUUUAUUCAAGGCAAACUAAGGCUUCAUGAGUCAGUAGAUUAUUUUUUAAUAAAGAAGAAAGUGGAGUGAGGAUACAAUUAAAGUAAGUCCUGAACCAUAUAGUUAAUCAUUUUCUAUUUUCCCAUCACUAUACUCUUAAGUAAUUCUCUUCAUGGCAUACUGUGUACUUGAAAGGCCCUGGUACUGCAGGAUAAUUGUCCCGCCACAACAUGUCUGGCUGCUCUCUACAGUGAUGCUGUGUAACCGCCUAAAAGCAAUGCUAUGUACAUACGGUAUAUAUUUAUGAAAAUGCAUAAUAAAAUAUUUUGUACUUCUA